AUGGAAUGUCUGAUUACAACCACUUCAAGGAAAUUGGAUCGAGAACAGCAGGCAGAACACUUUCUGGAGGUGACCAUAACUGAUGGUGGUUCUUCUCCAAAGCAGUCGACAGUUUGGGUCGUGGUUCAGGUUCUGGAUGAAAAUGACAAUAAGCCUCAGUUCCCAGAGAAAGUCUAUCAGAUCAAGCUGCCAGAGCGGGACCGAAAGAAAAGAGGAGAACCGAUUUACAGGGCUUUUGCAUUCGAUAAAGACGAAGGCCCCAAUGCAGAAAUAUCCUACAGCAUCGUGGAUGGAAACGAUGAUGGGAAAUUCUUUAUUGACCCUAAAACUGGCAUGGUCUCUUCCAGGAAGCAAUUUACAGCAGGGAGUUACGACAUCCUCACAAUCAAAGCAGUGGACAAUGGACGUCCCCAGAAGUCCUCCACCGCCCGCCUCCACAUCGAAUGGAUUAAGAAACCGCCUCCUUCCCCUGUGCCUCUCACCUUUGAUGAGCCAUUUUAUAACUUUACUGUCAUGGAAAGUGAUAGAGUGACAGAAAUUGUGGGUGUGGUGUCUGUGCAACCAUCCAACAUACCUCUGUGGUUUGAUGUAGUUGGUGGCAAGCAUGCUCGAGAGAUGUUCUAUAUUCUACAGACAGCUUGUGGGCAGAACUGUUCAACAGAAGGGGGGAAUUUUGACAGCUCAUUCGACGCAGAGAAAGGUGUUGGGACAAUUGUCAUUGCAAAACCUCUGGAUGCAGAGCAGAGGUCCAUCUAUAAUAUGAGUGUGGAAGUCACCGAUGGAACAAAUGUGGCUGUCACUCAGGUAUUUAUCAAAGUGCUGGAUAACAAUGAUAAUGGCCCCGAGUUCUCUCAACCGAGUUAUGAUGUCACGAUUUCUGAGGAUGUACUGCCAGACACCGAAAUACUACAGGUUGAGGCGACAGACAGAGAUGAAAAACAUAAACUGAGUUACACUAUCCACAGCAGUAUCGACUCAGUAAGCAUGAGGAAAUUCAGGAUUGAUGCCAGUACUGGGGUUCUGUACAUUGCUGAGAGGCUAGACCAUGAGGCCCAAGACAAGCACAUUCUUAACAUAAUGGUCAGAGAUCAGGAAUUUCCUUAUCGGAGAAACUUGGCCCGAGUCAUUGUGAAUGUAGAAGAUGCCAAUGAUCAUAGUCCCUAUUUUACCAGCCCACUGUACGAAGCAUCUGUAUUUGAAUCUGCGGCCUUGGGAUCAGCUGUUCUGCAAGUGACUGCUCUGGAUAAAGACCGAGGGGAAAAUGCAGAGCUCCUAUACACCAUAGAAGCGGGGAACACUGGAAACACAUUUAAGAUUGAGCCUAUCUUGGGCAUCAUUACCGUAUCAAAAGAACCAGAUAUGACAACAAUGGGACAGUUCGUUUUGUCCAUAAAAGUGACCGAUCAGGGCUCCCCACCGAUGUCUGCUACUGCUAUCGUCCGUAUCUCUGUCACCAUGUCAGAUAAUUCUCAUCCCAAGUUCACUCAGAAAGAAUACCAAGCAGAAGUGAAUGAAAAUGUCGACAUUGGGACAUCAGUCAUUUUAAUCUCUGCCAUCAGUCAAUCUACACUAAUUUAUGAAGUCAAAGAUGGAAAUAUUGAGGGGGCCUUUACCAUAAACCCAUAUUCUGGUGUGAUAACCAAUCAAAAGGCCCUUGAUUACGAACACAUUUCUUCCUAUCAACUCACCAUCCAAGCCACCAACAUGGCAGGGAUGGCAUCCAAUGCCACGGUUAAUAUUCAGAUUGUUGACGAAAAUGACAAUCCCCCCAUUUUCCUUUUUUCUCAGUACUCAGGCAGCCUCAGUGAGGCUGCCCCAGUAAACAGCAUCGUUCGUAGCUCAGGUAACAAUCCAUUGGUGAUCCGAGCCACAGAUGCUGAUAGUAAUCAGAAUGCUUUGCUAGUUUAUCAGAUUGUUGAGUCCACUGCCAAGAAGUUUUUCACUGUGGACUCCAGCACGGGUGCCAUCAGAACAAUCGCCAGCUUGGAUCAUGAAACCAUUGCCCAUUUCCAUUUCCACGUUCAUGUGAGAGAUAGUGGUAAUCCCCAGCUGACUGCGGAAAGCCCAGCAGAGGUCAAUAUCGAGGUGACAGAUGUGAAUGAUAACCCUCCAGUUUUCACUCAGGCAGUGUUUGAAACAGUCUUACUUCUACCCACUUAUGUUGGGGUGGAGAUUCUAAAAGUCCAAGCAACAGACCCUGACUCAGAAGUGCCAGCUGAACUAACAUACAGUCUGAUGGAAGGCAGCUUGGACCAUUUUUUAAUUGAUUCCAAUAGUGGGGUGCUCUCCAUAAAAAACAGCAGCCUUUCCAAAGAUCAUUAUAUGCUCAUAGUCAGAGUGUCAGAUGGUAAGUUUUAUGGUACUGCUAUGGUGACCAUCAUGGUAAAAGAAGCCAUGGACAGUGGUCUCCAUUUCACACAAAGUUUUUACUUUGCUUCAAUCUCAGAGAACAGUACCAACAUCACCAAAGUAGCCAUUGUCAAUGCAAUUGGAAAUCGCCUUAAUGAACCUUUAAUAUAUAGCAUAUUGAAUCCAGGAAACAAGUUCAGAAUAAAAUCUACCUCUGGGGUCAUCCAGACAACUGGUGUCCCCUUUGACCGUGAAGAACAAGAGUUGUAUGAGUUGGUGGUAGAAGCCAGUCGUGAAUUAGACCAUCUGCGUGUGGCCAGGGUAGUCGUCAGAGUAAACAUUGAAGAUAUCAAUGACAACUCUCCAGUUUUUGUAGGGCUGCCUUACUAUGCUGCUGUGCAGGUCGAUGCCGAACCUGGGACUCUGAUCUACCGUGUAACUGCUCUUGAUAGAGACAAAGGUGCCAACGGCGAAGUGACCUACACCCUCCAAGAGGACUAUGGCCACUUUGAAAUUAACCCAGAAUCAGGGAGUGUUUUUUUAAAAGAAGCAUUCAAUUCUGAUUUAUCUAACAUUGAGUAUGGAGUUAUCAUCCUAGCCAAAGAUGGCGGAAAGCCUGCAUUGUCUGCAACUGUGGAACUUCCCAUCACUAUUGUCAACAAAGCAAUGCCAGUAUUUGAUAAGCCUUUUUACACAACUUCUGUCAAUGAGGAUGUAGAAAUGCAUACUCCCAUCCUUAGCAUCAAUGCAACCAGCCCAGAAGGACAAGGAAUCAUUUACAUCAUUGUGGAUGGGGAUCCUUACAACCAGUUUAACAUUGACUUUGACACUGGAGUUCUGAAUGUCAUUAGCCCACUGGACUAUGAAGUAACACCUGUUUUUAAAUUGACAGUGAGAGCCAGUGAUGCUCUCACUGGUGCAAGGGCUGAGGUCACUGUCGACUUGCUAGUUAAUGAUGUAAAUGAUAAUCCCCCCAUUUUUGAUCAACCCACCUACAACGCAACCUUAUCUGAAGCCUCUCUCAUUGGGACACCCGUCUUGCAAGUGGUAGCCUCUGACGCAGAUUCAGAGAACAAUAAAGUUGUACAAUAUCAGAUUGUGCAGGACACCUAUAACAGUACUGAUUAUUUUCACAUAGAUAGCACAAGUGGCUUAAUCUUGACAGCCCGCAUGUUAGAUCAUGAAUCAGUACAACAAUCCACUUUAAAAGUCAGGGCGACGGAUAAUGGAUUCCCACCAAUGAGCAGCGAGGUACUUGUUAAUAUUUAUGUGACCGAUAUGAAUGACAACCCUCCAGUUUUUAACCAGCUGAUUUAUGAAUCCUACGUGAGUGAAUUAGCUCCACGGGGCCAUUUUGUGACCUGUGUCCAAGCUUCUGAUGCCGACAGCUCUGAUUUUGACCGGUUAGAAUACAGCAUUUUAUCUGGAAAUGACAGAACAAGUUUUCUGAUGGAUAGCAAGAGCGGUGUCAUCACCCUGUCCAACCACCGGAAACAGAGAAUGGAGCCUCUUUAUAGUUUGAACGUGUCUGUCUCUGACGGAUUGUUCACCAGCACGGCACAGGUGCAUAUCAGGAUACUCGGUGCUAACUUAUACAGUCCAGCCUUCUCACAAAGCACCUAUGUUGCUGAAGUGAGAGAGAAUGCUGCUCCAGGAACAAAGGUAAUUCACGUCAGGGCGACAGAUGGGGAUCCGGGAACAUACGGGCAGAUCAGCUAUGCUAUCAUCAAUGACUUUGCCAAGGACCGAUUCUUGAUCGACAGCAAUGGGCAAGUCAUAACAACAGAAAGGCUGGACCGGGAAAGCCCAAUGGAAGGGGACAUUAGUAUUUUUUUGAGGGCCCUGGACGGUGGAGGCAGAACAACUUUCUGUACUGUGAGGGUAAUUGUUGUGGAUGAAAAUGACAACGCUCCCCAAUUUUUGACGGUAGAAUAUAGAGCUAGUGUCAGAGCUGAUGUUGGAAGAGGCCACUUGGUAACCCAGGUUCAAGCCAUUGACCCUGAUGAUGGAGCGAACUCAAGGAUCACUUAUUCACUGUAUAGCGAAGCCUCUGUCUCAGUAGCAGAUCUUCUUGAAAUCGACCCUGACAAUGGCUGGAUGGUCACGAAGAGUAAUUUUCACCAGUUGAAAAACACCGUCUUGUCAUUUUUUGUCAAAGCAGUGGACGGUGGCAUUCCCGUAAAGCACUCCCUCAUUCCUGUCUAUAUUCAUGUCUUGCCUCCUGAAAUACUCUUACCCUCCUUUACUCAGCCCCAGUAUUCAUUCGCCAUUCCAGAAGAUACUGUCAUUGGAAGUACAGUAGAUUCUCUCAGGAUUUUGCCAAGUCAAAAGGUUGUGUUUAGCACAGUUAAUGGUGAAAGGCCUGAAAAUAACAAAGGUGGGGUCUUCAUCAUAGAGCAGGACACUGGCAUCAUCAAACUGGACAAGCGACUUGACCGUGAAAUAACCCCUGCUUUUCACUUUAAGGUUGCAGCCACCAUCCCCUUGGACAAGGUGGAUAUUGUGUUUACCGUUGACAUAGAGAUCAAGGUACUAGAUCUAAAUGAUAAUAAACCAUUCUUUGAUGCUACAAGCUAUGAAGCCAUCAUAAUGGAGGGAAUGCCUGUGGGCACCAGGCUUAUCCAAGUGAAGGCUGUUGAUAGAGAUUGGGGUGCCAAUGGACAGGUCACUUAUGCCCUCCACUCUGAUUCCAAUCCAGAGAAGGUAAUGGAAGUGUUCAGUAUUGACAGUAACACAGGCUGGAUCAGCACCUUGAAAGACCUGGACCACGAGAGAGAUCCCACUUUCACCUUCUCAGUGGUAGCCUCCGACCUUGGAGAAGCCUUCUCUCUCUCCUCCACAAUCUUGGUCUCUGUCACAGUGACGGAUAUAAAUGACAAUGCACCUGUCUUUGCACACGAGGUAUACCGAGAGCAUGUGAAGGAGAGUGACCCCCCAGGUGAAGUUGUAGCAGUCCUCAGCACGUGGGAUGAAGACACUUCUGACAUUAAUCAGCAAGUGAGCUAUCAUAUUACAGGAGGGAAUCCCAGAGGAAGAUUCGCUCUGGGCCUGGUGCAGAAUGAAUGGAAGGUUUAUGUAAAACGACCUCUUGAUCGAGAAGAACAAGAUGUUUACUUCCUGAACAUCACUGCCACAGAUGGGCUUUUUGUCACUCAGGCGAUGGUGGAAGUCACUGUCACUGACGUGAAUGACAACAGUCCAGUGUGUGACCGGGUUGCAUACACAGCUUCGUUUCCAGAAGACAUUCCAUCAAAUAAAAUCAUCCUUAAGAUCAGUGCCAAGGAUGCUGACAUCGGGCCCAAUGGAGACAUUAGAUACUCCCUCUACGGCCCUGGAAACAACAAAUUUUUCUUAGAUCCAGAAAGUGGUGAGUUAAAAACCCUGGCCCUUUUAGACCGAGAAAAAGUUCCUGUGUACAACCUGAUUGCCAGGGCAACCGAUGGGGGUGGCAGGUUCUGCCAGUCAGACAUCCGCCUGAUUCUGGAAGAUGUUAAUGAUAAUCCCCCCAUAUUUUCAUCUGACCAUUACAAUGCCUGUAUCUAUGAGAAUACAGCCACCAAAGCCUUGUUAACGAGAGUGCAAGCCACGGAUCCUGACUUAGGCAUCAACAGAAAAGUUGUUUAUUCUCUGGCAGACUCAGCAGGAGGGUACUUUUCAGUAGACAGCUCCUCAGGCAUUAUCAUCUUGGAACAGCCACUGGAUCGAGAGCUGCAGUCAUCCUAUAACAUCAGCGUGAAGGCAUCGGACCAGAGCAUCCUCAAGGCACUGUCUUCCCUGGCCACGGUCACCAUUACUGUUUUGGACAUUAAUGACAACCCUCCUGUGUUUGAAAGAAGGGAUUAUCUUGUUACAGUGCCAGAAGAUACAUCCCCAGGCACAGAAGUCCUUGCAGUGUUUGCCACGAGCAAAGACAUUGGCACAAAUGCUGAAAUUACUUAUCUCAUUCGGUCUGGGAAUGAGCGAGGGAAAUUCAAGAUUAACCCAAAGACGGGAGGGAUUUCUGUCAUUGAGGCCUUGGAUUAUGAAAUGUGCAAAGAUUUUUACCUGGUGGUGGAAGCCAAAGACGGGGGUAUCCCAGCCCUCAGUGCUGUGGCCACAGUGAACAUCAACCUUACCGAUGUGAAUGACAAUGCUCCCAAAUUUAACCAGGAGGUCUACAGUGCAGUUAUCAGCGAAGAUGCUUCUGUCGGGGACUCAGUCAUUGUGUUAAUAGCAGAAGAUGUCGAUAGCCCACCCAAUGGACAGAUCCGCUUCUCCAUUGUCAGUGGGGACCGGGACAGUGAGUUUGCUGUGGAUCCUGUCUUGGGACUUGUUAAAGUGAAAAAGAAAUUGGACCGAGAACGGGUGUCUGGAUACUCAUUACUCAUUCAGGCUACGGACAGUGGCAUUCCUGCCAUGUCAUCCACUGUGACAGUCAACAUAGACAUUUCCGAUGUAAAUGACAAUGGCCCUGUUUUCACACCAGCCAACUAUACUGCCGUAAUCCAGGAAAACAAACCAGUGGGGACAAGCAUUUUGCAGCUGAUGGUGACAGACCGAGAUUCCUUUCACAAUGGGCCCCCCUUUACCUUUACCAUCUUGGCAGGAAAUGAGGAAGAGGAGUUUGUGUUGGACCCUCACGGGAUCUUAAGAUCAGCAGUGAUCUUUAGGCACACGGACUCUCCGGAAUACGUGCUUUACAUCCAGGCAAAAGACUCAGGCAAACCCCAGCAAGUUUCUCACUCUUACGUUCGUGUCCGGGUGAUUGAAGAAAGCAUCCACAAGCCCACUGCCAUCCCCUUAGAGAUCUUUAUUGUCACAAUGGAGGAUGACUUCCCUGGGGGUGUCAUUGGGAAGAUCCAUGCCACUGACCAGGAUGUAUACGAUGUACUCACAUAUGCACUGAAAUCUGAGCAGAGAAGCUUGUUCAAGGUGAACACCCAUGAUGGAAAGAUCAUUGCCCUGGGAGGCCUGGACAGUGGUAAGUACAUUCUGAAUGUUUCUGUGAGUGACGGCCGCUUCCAGGUGCCCAUCGACGUCAUCGUCCACGUGGAGCAGCUGGUACAGGAGAUGCUGCAGAACACAGUCACCAUCCGAUUCGAGAACGUGUCCCCUGAGGACUUUGUUGGACUGCAUAUGCAUGGGUUCCGAAGGACCCUCCGAAAUGCUGUCCUUUCCCAGAAACAGGACAGCCUCCACAUCAUCAGCAUCCAGCCUGUGGCUGGCACCAAUCAACUGGACAUGCUGUUUGCUGUGCAGAUGCACAGUGGCGGCUUCUACAAGCCUGCAUACCUCAUCCAGAAGCUGUCCAAUGCAAGGAGACAUUUGGAGAAUGUGAUUCGCAUCUCAGCCAUCUUGGAGAAGAAUUGCUCCGGACUGGAUUGUCAGGAACAGCACUGUGAGCAAAGCUUGUCCAUAGAUUCACACUCUCUAAUGACCUACAGCACAGCUCGAAUUAGCUUUGUGUGUCCUCGUUUCUACAGGAAUGUGCGCUGUACAUGUAAUGGAGGACUCUGUCCAGGGUCAAAUGAUCCUUGCAUGGAGAAGCCCUGUCCUGGGGACAUGCAGUGUGUUGGUUAUGAAGCCAAUAGAAGACCGUUCAUCUGCCAGUGUCCACCAGGAAAACUUGGCGAAUGCUCAGGGCACACUUCUCUAAGCUUUGCUGGAAACAGUUACAUCAAGUACCGGCUUUCUGAAAAUAGCAAGAAAGAGGAAUUUAAGUUGGCUCUGCGUCUGCGAACACUGCAAAGCAAUGGGAUUAUAAUGUACACCAGAGCAAAUCCCUGCAUAAUUCUGAAGAUUGUAGACAGCAAACUGUGGUUCCAAUUGGACUGUGGCACGGGUCCUGGCAUCUUGGGCAUCUCUGGCCGGGCGGUGAAUGAUGGGAAUUGGCACUCAGUCUUCUUAGAACUCAAUCAGAAUUUCACGAGCUUGUCGCUGGACGACAGCUACGUGGAACGCCGCAAGGCCCCCCUCUACUUCCAGACUCCUGGCCCAGAGAGUGCCAUCUACUUCGGCGCCCUGGUGCAGGUGGACAACAUCCGCAGCCUGACAGACAAGAGGGUCACGCAGGUCCUAAGCGGCUUCCAGGGCUGCCUGGAUUCUGUGGUCCUGAAUAACAACGAGCUGCCCCUGCAGAACAAACGUAGCAGCUUUGCAGAGGUGGUGGGCCUCACGGAGCUGAAGCUGGGAUGUGUCCUGUACCCCGAUGCCUGCGAACGGAAUCCCUGCCAGAAUGGAGGGAGCUGUGCCGGCCUGCCAUCUGGCGGCUAUCAAUGUACCUGUCUCUCACAAUUCACUGGAAGGAAUUGUGAGUCAGAGAUUACAGCCUGCUUCCCAAAUCCGUGCCGGAAUGGGGGGUCUUGUGACCCAAUAGGAAACACCUUCAUCUGCAACUGUAAAGUUGGGCUUACUGGAGUUACGUGUGAGGAAGACAUCAACGAAUGUGACAGAGAAGAAUGUGAGAAUGGGGGCUCCUGCGUCAAUGUGUUCGGCUCUUUCCUGUGUAACUGCACCCCAGGUUAUGUGGGCCAGUACUGUGGGCUCCGGCCGGUGGUCGUUCCCAACAUCCAAGCUGGCCACUCCUAUGUUGGAAAGGAAGAACUGAUUGGAAUUGCCGUGGUCCUCUUUGUCAUCUUUGUUUUAAUUGUCUUGUUCAUCAUCUUCCGCAAGAAAGUCUUCCGCAAGAACUAUUCCAGGAACAAUAUCACCCUCGUCCAGGACCCAGCCACCGCGGCACUGCUGAACAAAAGCAACGGCAUUCAGUUCAAGAACCUGAGGGGGGGCGGGGACAGCCGUAACAUCUACCAGGAGGUGGGCCCACCCCAGGUCCCUGUGCGCCCCAUGGCCUACACGCCUUGUUUCCAGAGCGACUCUAGAAACAACCUCGACAAGAUUGUGGAUGGGCUAGGUGUGGAGCAUCAGGAGAUGACCACUUUUCAUCCUGAGUCACCGCGGAUAUUGACUGCCAGGCGGGGAGUAGUGGUGUGCAGCGUGGCUCCCAAUCUCCCGGCUGUGUCUCCUUGUCGUUCCGAUUGUGAUUCCAUCAGGAAAAGUGUCUGGGAUGCAGGAACAGAGAACAAAGGAGUGGAUGAUGCUGAAGAAGUGACCUGUUUUGUCGGAAGUAAUAAAGGCAGCAACUCGGAAGUUCAGUCCCUCAGCUCCUUCCAGUCUGACUCUGGAGACGAUAAUGCUUCCAUAGUGACUGUCAUUCAGCUUGUCAACAAUGUAGUUGACACUAUAGAAAAUGAAGUGUCAGUUAUGGACCAAGGACAGAACUACAACCGAGCCUAUCAUUGGGACACUUCGGAUUGGAUGCCAGGAGCCCGCCUGUCUGACAUCGAGGAAGUGCCCAACUAUGAGAAUACAGAUGGGGCAUCUGUUCAUCAGGGGAGCACGAGAGAGCUUGAGACCGAUUACUACCUAGGUGGCUAUGAUAUCGACAGCGAAUACCCUCCGCCUCAUGAAGAGGAGUUUCUGAGCCAAGACCAGUUGCCCCCUCCCCUACCAGAGGACUACCCGGACCACUUUGAGGCCCUGCCCCCAUCACAGCCAGCCUCGUUGGCCAGCACACUGAGCCCAGACUGCAGGCGAAGGCCCCAGUUCCACCCCAGCCAGUAUCUCCCUCCCCACCCAUUCCCCAAUGAGACAGACAUGGUGGGGCCUCCACCUGGACAUGAAUUUAGUACUUUUGCUGUGGGCGUGGGGCAGAACAUGGAGAACACGGGCGUGGCAGACAACAUGCCCUUAUCCUUGCACAAUUCCAUAGGCGCCUCAUCCUCAGAUGUGUCUGCAAGCUGUGGCUUUGACGAUUCUGAAGUGGCCAUGAGUGACUAUGAAAGCGUCGAGGAGCUCAGUCUCACCAGUCUUCACAUUCCAUUUAUUGAGACUCAGCACCAGACCCAGGUGUAAAGGACACACACAUCUGGGAUGGUUUGCUCAUUCUUCAUUUAAACAUGGAAGGAAAUGGGUUGAGUUUUCUCUCUCAAUGGAGAAGGGUCCAUUGAAUGAGGGGAAAAUCCACCAUUUUCCACAAAUAACUUAUUCACAAAUGAUGUUGUCUCAUGCAAACACUUUAAAGUCAAGUUGUGUAAACCAUAUGUCACAAAAUCUGUUACUGUGAGUCAACAGACAAUCCUUACAGUAUGUACCCAGCAUUCAUGGCCAAGAGUGCACACCACGUUUUUAAUGGGGUAAAGAACCCCACACACAAGUUCACCCAGUAAGUUAUAUGCAGUCAAUCUUUUCAGCUUUGUGCAGUAUUGUGUUAUUGAAGGUGUUAACAGUAUCAAUCCCCGCAGUAUUAAUGAACAGAUAAAGUUCAGGCACCAAGGUAUUGGUGCAUGAAACUAAUUUAGGCUGUUGGAGAAAAGAAAAUAAUUAAUACAAUUGGAGAGGGUGGGGGGACUGAGCCCUCAAGGGUUUUGAAAGAAGAAAGAGUAAAACUAAAAUUAGUCAAAAGUGGGCAAAAAAAUUAAAAUAAAGUAUGGUUUUCUUUAUAAAGCUGUCUAACUGUCAGCUAUAAAAUUACAGUAAAUGACUUGUAUUUUUUGUAGUUUUCAGAUACUGGUUUAAUUAGGAAAACUUGGAUUAAAAAAUGGAGCCCAAAAUUGAAAUGAUGGGGUUUGUGGAUCUUUUAAAAAGAUUUCAAUGAAAAGUAAUGCAUGACAGUUUGGGGGUUUUCUGAGUAUCAGGGAGGGAAGGGUAGAAGUUAUCUCUUUUUGCUUUUAUUACUAAACAUUCCCAGUAGUGAUUACAAUAUGAGAAUAUUGUAAUCAUUGACCU